AUGGACUCACCUCCUGCUCCUGCGACCCCUCCGGCAUCCCCAGGCAAAGCAUGCACACCCCCACUAACCGCAUAUUUUGGCUUCUUCAAUACGCCCGUAACGUGGCGCGAACAUAUGCGUCUGAUACUGCUGAACCUGGCCCUGCUGAACCAGGGGACUCGGUUAUUAUCUUCCUCCCGGCUGAUACGCAUACUCCUUGUGCUUGUUGACCCCGAUAAACGUACACGCGCCUACAACCACUCGUACCAUCCUCGCCGUGCGUUCGAGCAGAAGCCGGUGGUAUUGUUGGGCGCGGGGAUCCAUGGUGCGAGUGCCUACAUGAGUGUCCGGUGGAAGUGUGGUAGGCGCCAAACGCGAUCGAUCCAAAGGUGGGUUAGGGUUACAUCACUUCUCAUUUUCUAUCUCAUGAACGCUAACCUUACCGAUUUAUCGCCCGAGCACCAACCUUCAACAGACUGUCCAGGAACGAAUGUCGUAUUCAGGAAGCGGAAGCGCACUGACAGCGGAGAUACUCCUGGCCAUCCUCAAACCGCUCAUUACAAUCCGAGAAAGACCAUGAUAACACUGUGCACCCCCGGAUCUAACAAUAUCCAUGAUUCAACUUCGGUCCUCCCCUACGCACUCGCAUCCAUUGACGCGCCCAGCUCUCCCCACUUCGCGACUUUCGGCACCCGCAUCACCAACCGACAAGAUAUCAACGAUUUGUCAAGAUGUUACGGAGGGACCUUGGGAGGGACCGCGCCAUCCGCAUUGAGGGCCACAGGAAAAAAUGUUCCAAGAGUUUGGUUUGCUCUAGGCCGCACUUCAAGCUUGGGACGAAUUGAAACCGUGCAUGCGAUCUACCAGCGACACUACUUUCCCGAUCUGCAACACGUCCACAGCAUUGAGGAUUCACUGUCUGUCGUUCCCACAUAUACUCCAACCACUGCGUCCGGUUCACAUCCUCCCGAGGGCUCAGCGACUCUUCGACGGCUGCAAUUGAUGAAGCUGAGAAAUUCCAAGGCUUGUACCGCUACAUUGCGAUGCGUGAAACCCAGAAAACGGAGGGAUCACUACCCAGUAUUCGUUCUCGUCGCUCUUUAUCAACAGCUAGACCCCGCUCAGCUUCAACUUUCUCGUCAAUCGCUCCACCGUGUUUUCCGAUGGUCCAUGACGCUCUGGAGGGGCCGUCAAUUGCAAUCAGCUCAGACGGCCCGCAUGGACAUUACCAAGCUCGUCAUGUCAGCGUCUCGACAAUCACGUACCUGCCCUCCUUUUCGACACAAAAGAAUGCAACUGCAGAGCGCCUUCGAUCGCGUAAUUGGAAAGUUCUGGUCGUCGGCCCCUGAUCUGCCAACACCUUCCACUCAACGCGGUCCAACCCCUGCUUCUCCCGAACGUGCUCCCAGUCCCAUCCAAAUUUUACGUGUGAAUGGAAAGUUCUGGACGGGAGGAGCGUGCGGAAUGAGCCAUUUAUUUGUGUAUGGCCUGAUCAGAUCUGUUGAGUUUCGGAAGUACGAGGUGGAUAUCCGAACACUCAAUUGA